AUGAAAAACGUCUACGCAGCCCAAUCCAACCUCGGUCCCUCUGAGGCAGCGUCACGCGCGCCCACCCCGCCCGGUGUAAUCAUCCGACCCGCUCUUCCCUCCGAUGCAUUGCGGAUAGCAGACAUCGGUGCGCGAGUAUUUGACGCGACUUUCGCCCACACGUGUUCGCAGGAGGACAUGGACGACUACCUCGGUGCCAACUUUACGGAAGCGAUCAUCAGCUCGGAGUUGGCCGACACCACAAAAUCUGUGUACGUUGCAUGCACCACCGACGGAGGGGAGAAGGUCGCCGCGUUUGUUGUGCUCAACCGCGCCUCCACCGAAGCCUGCGUCGAACACAUCCCGGCCCAAGAUCGAAUCGAGGUCCAGCGUGUCUAUGCCGACCCGGCUGUGCAGGGGCGCGGCGUCGCGCGGUUACUAAUGGAGAGAGCAGUGCAGAUUAUGCGCAAGGACGGCUACAAGUUCGCCUGGCUUGGGGUGUGGGAGAAUAAUGUGCGGGCGACAAAGUUUUACGAGAAGUUUGGGUUUAAGAGAGUGGGAGAACAUGAGUUCUGGCUUGGGAGUGAGUGCCAGUUGGACUAUAUCUUUGCGCGCGAGUUGUAG